AUGUCAUGGGAGCUUUCGGCCCUGACGCUUCUCUCCCUCAGCGCUGUUGGCUUCUGGGGGCUCGGUAGUCCCCAGCCCUUCCAUCGCAAAGCCUUCUACAUCCUCGUCAGCGCCUCGGCUGUUCUGGUCGACCCUCGCCAGGCGAUUGCGCGCAUGUACACCGGCGCCCACGAGGCCUUUCUCGAUUACCAGCUCGAUGCUCUGCUUGCUCAACACUUCAAGAUGGCCCUUACUUUUGGCGCCGUGCUCUGGCUGCUCCAUCGCGGAUGGCAAACUCUCUGGAAACCGGUUCCCGAACUUAUCAAUAUUCUUGGUGUCGAUAUACCUGAACCUCCUGAUGUCAGCCUUGCUGGCAUUCGAUCCGACGCGGCUACUCUCAGUUGGACUCGCCCAACUAGCAAUCGGCCCGUGCAGAAAUAUGCGAUUCAGGUCAAUGGAGUACACGUGGGCGAUUCGCCAGGGAACGAGGUGGCUAUUACGGUGACCGGGCUGAAGCCCAACCACUAUUACAAUGUUCGUGUUGUUGCUGUUGGACCUAAUAACUUUCAAGCCGGUAGUGCUCUUCUACGACUGCGCACCUUUGGCAAAGAUGGGAGGCCGCUAUUGGGAAAUUCACGACUCCCUACCAACUUUACGGAUCCCGAACAACCCCGACUCAACCCUGGCGAGGAUGAAAGCGACGACUCUGACGAUGCUUUGUUUCCUAUGCCAACUGUGGAAGCUGCACCGGUCCUUAACGAUAGCUCGGCAAAUUCCCGCGAGCCCAAUGGGACUGUACCUGGGCAAAGGCGAAAUACAAUCAAUCGUCGCCACUCACCCUCCGUAGCGAGCUUAGAUCAGCCCCAUAUUAAACUUCCGAUUUUCGAUGGCCCUGAAAUGUCCUUGGACGAACUGAAUUGCAAAUUCGAAGGGAUUCGGAAAGAGAUUGAUGACACCCUGGCUCUUUAUGCCAAGGACGAGGCGGAUUCACAACAGCAAGAAGAGGAGCUGAGGGGGGAGAAAGAACGAAAGCGGCAAAUGUUGAAGGAAAAAGAAGAGCAAACGGCCCAGCUCAAGGCCAUGGUGAGAACUACCAUGGAGCAGAUGAGAGGAGCGGAAAAGGAUCGGGCAAAAAAGGAGCAGCAACUGCGAGAUAAGGAAACUAAGAAGUCCAAGGUGCGGGAUAAUGUCUCAAAACUUGACACUGAAACACUGCGCAUGAAGCGAGAUCGCGAAACCUUUGAGGCACAAAAGACAGCCUUGGCAGAGAAAAGGGAUUUAGAUGCGCGAAAACUGGACGAGAUAAAUGUGGAGCUUCUGGAUAAGUGCGCUGAACUGGAAGCGGAAUUAAAGGACAAAGGAAAGCAGCUACAAGAUCUCAAGGCAGCUCGAGAGGAGCUACCUGAUGCCCCUGACGAGCAGUGGAAAGAGGAAGAUUUCAGACUAAGGAGGGACUGGGAUGUCAGGAGGAAAGACCUGCAUGCGCGAUGGGCUGCAGAAUCCAAGGGGACGUAUGAGCUGGACCAACAGAUUCAUAUGCUGUCCAAGCAGUUAAGGAUGGAACAGUCCAAUCUGGAAUUUCUCAACCAGGGAGUUGCUUCAACCGUGGACUUUGAGAUGUCUCCGCCGCCUCGGCCUAGGCGUCUGAGCAACGCAAACAUGUCAUCGCCAAGUCCAGUUAUGCCCUCUGAGCCUGGAUACCCCCCUCCUGCCGGCUUUUCAAACGCUGGAUUCGGGCCAGCUCUUUUCAUGGACAUGACAGCGACUCACGGCCAAGGUGACCCCCAGACAGAAGCCGAGCUUAGGGAGGCAAAUGGCCCUCUGAGCCCAUCGGCGGCCCGCUCGUUUCUUCCCUCCAACAUAUUUGAUGAGAUGGAGGAACCCGAUCUCAAGCACGGAGAUACUUUCCUGCCCGAGUCCAUCUCCCAGGGAGAGGAUGAAGAUGUACAGUCACCAGCUUCCGCUAGUCCGCCCUUUAAUUUAUUUGCGAGCCCCCAUGGAUCGUCGCAAAAUCUGCCAUUUCCGCAAUACACGGAAAAUGAUGACAGGCAACCAUCUUUGACUUCGCCGGGCAUCAUUCAUUCAGCUACCUCUCCCCCGGCCACGGGACAUAGAUUGUCCAAUUUUUUGGCUGUCUUGCGUAACAGGGGUCCCAAGCCUGCGGACGACAUGGGCCCUGCGCUUGGCUCCCUAAAGCCAGGUCAGAGCCAAUCGUUCCCUCGGGGAACUGAUGAGCAGGAGGUGUUGGAAAACCGCCGCAAAAUCAACUUUUCUUCCUGGAUGAAUCGCAACUCGACUGGGCCAGACAACUUUACCGGAACACCCUUCGCGUCAAGCCGACCUUUCUCGGUGCGUCGCCUCAUUCCAUUCGGUAACAACUCAAGUGGGGUUUUCGGCGAAGGAGACGUCGACGGCUCCAGACCAGCAUCCAUUGCCUCCAUCGACUUGCCGAGGCCAUCAACUGACAGUGGUUCUAUAUGGGGUGUUCAGGGAGAGCAGGGAGGGCUACUUGGCACAAAAAAUCGACUGUGGUCUCCGGACAAUCGAUGGCCCUCCAGAAGCGGCUCCAGGCGUCCGUCCAUCCACGGAUCGCCAUCUAUCUUGACGACCACCCUAGCCUCCGCCGAAGAUGUCAUUUUGGACGAAGAUGAUCUACUUGACCCCCAGACCUCGCCUAGCCAGAUUGGAGUUAUUGGCUCUCGCCCGCCGACGGCACUAAAGUCUCUCAACCAACGUCUGAAUCCUGCAGCGCCAACUUUCUUUGGAUACCACCCCUCAGAAUCUGAUGCAGAUGGAUUUCAAAGUAGAGACGGAAGUAAGAAUAAGGCAAAGGGAAACAGGUCGAAGGGCAAGGAACCUGCGGCACCAGGCAUGGAGUUUUCUCAUUUCUUGGACGAUUCCCCCUCUGAUACACGCAAGUCUCGAGACGCUCGCUCCAUCCAUACGCAGAAUUCAGUUACUGAAUCUCACGAAUCGCUAGCGCUUGACGCAACCUUAUCCAACACGCCAUCCGACCUCCAAUCCAACGCUGAAUCGGCCCCAAAAGAUGCAGAUAAUGUCGUCAUGAAGCUGUUCCGUAAGGGCAGCUCCAGCAAGUUUGGCCUGUCAAAUAGACUUGGCAAGGACUCUGGACUGUUUAAAAAGGGGCCCGGCAGCGCUACUCAUUCGGAUAGAAAUGCGUCCGUUGACCAUCGCUCUAGUAUCGGCGAUAUUGACGAUCUAGGCGAAGAUGCUUCUCAGCUCGGUCGUAGUUAUGACAGCGUGGGGAGCAGUCCUUCUCUAGGCCCUGCCAAAUCUAGGGAUUCUAAGGAGAGUCGCAUUAGCGGAUGGCGUUUUAUGAAAAAGAAGGGCAAAGAUUCUGCUUCCAAGGAAAAAGAAGGCGCUGAAGCCGAUCGGAAUCACGAGGAAGAAUAA